AUGACAUUAUACGUUCCCAAUCCUCAGAAGUUGGUGGAUUUCUUUGAUCGUGUUAGUAGCGAUAAAACGUCUCUAAAUCAAUAUGGAGGUGGACGACGUUUAUCAGUGAUACCAGUUGACUACUCAAAAGCGAUCGACGAUAAGACCUAUCCUAUAAAAGCGGUCUUACCGGCAGAACAAACGACAGCUCAAGCCAAGUCUGAGCUUGAAAGACAGGAUAUAAAUCCGGCUAGUGUCGUAGAUAUGCUUCAGUCAUCUUCCAGCAGUCAACGUCGAGGGACCAAGCGUAAGAGAAGCUCGUCAAGAGGUCAUUCAUCAGCAAAGCGACGGCGUUUGACUGGUAAAACCUCCAGCGAUGGUCCUUUUGAGUUCAGAAUUAGCGGUCAGAACUCCAUGGACUAUUUGGAUUUGAAAAAUUCAAGGAUAUUUGUGAAGGUAAAAGUUACAAAGGCGGAUGGAAGUGCCAUUGGAGAGAAGGCGGACAAUAAGGUCGCUCCUACCAAUAUGUUUCUUCAGGCGUUGUUUUCUACCGUGGAAGUCACGCUUCAAAACAAGGCCACCAUUACGUGUAACUACAACCCAUACAGAGCCUACAUACCAACUAUACUGAAGUAUGGGCGGGAUGCUGCUGAUAGCCAGCUUACCACACAGUGCUUUAUCAUGGACGAUGCAGACUCUCCCGGAGUUGUCGAUCCUAAUGGUACUAACAACGGACUUUUUCUGAGGAACAAAUUAAUAGCGGGGUCCGCGUCGUUAGAUAUGCAAGGCUGUAUAUUCCACGAUCUGUUCGAUAUGAGUAGAUUUCUAUUGAACGAGGUUGACCUGAAAAUCAAGCUUUAUAGGAGUCCGAUAGAGUUUUGUCUGUGUGCGGCAGAUGCGGUACCCUAUCAGUUGGUCAUUGAAGACAUUUACAUUCUCGCAAGAAAGAUCCGGGUGAAUCCCGCUGUCAUUUUUGGUCAUUCCAAGAUACUAGAGAAGCAAAAUGCUCUUUACCCCUACAAUAAGGUGGAGGUGAAAUCAGUCAGUAUUGCAGCAGGUUCCACCACGUACAGUUGGGAUAAUAUGUACCAAGGCAGACGUCCCAACAAGUUAAUCGUGGGGUUCGUGAAAAGUAAGGCAGUGAGCGGGAAUAUUGGUACUAACCCGUUUAAUUUUGAGAACUGCUCCAUUCAGCAAAUCACUGUGUAUUGUGACGGUCUUCCCGUCGGAUCUAACCCGCUUAAGCUGGACUUUAGUGCUUCUGGCACCUCCACCAUACGUGCCUACACCAACUUGCUUUUAUCUAGCGGGAAGUGGAGGCAAGAUGAAGGCAACCAGUUAGAUAGAUCUCACUUUAUAGGUGGUUCUACGUUGUUCGUGUUUGAACUAGAGCCUGAUUUCUCCCAUCACGGAGAGUAUUUGUCACUAAUGAAAUCUGGGGAUGUACGACUAGACGUCGUCUUUAAGAAUCCGUUAUCAGAGCCUAUGAGCUGCAUCGUGUACAGCGAGGGUCCUGGCUAUUUCGAAGUAAACAAGGAGCGAGAUAUAAUUUUGUCGUAA